UUGGGUUUACUCACAUGUUCGUCGGUGAUUUUGAUAACCACAAGUACCCUUUAAAAUAUCUAUUAUACGUUACGGCGGUCAGUGUAGAUUUUAUUGCCAUAUACGAAGUAUAAGCUAAUAAUAUCUAUUGAGACGUUGCUGCCAUCCGAUCAUAAUAUUAUUGUAUUCAACAUGGGCACUUUAUCAAUCGCAGUCUUUUGUUUCCUUGCAACCGCCAGCAUAUUCGACACCACAUGUGCAACAUUUGGCGGCAAAGAACAUGUACAUAUUCGUGUGCAUGUGCCAACCAUCGUGAAAGAAGUUUAUGUAAAAAAACCAGUUCACCAUUACGAACACCACGAUGACCAUUAUUCUGGCCACAGUGAUCAUGGUAGUUCAUCUGGUGGUUAUGGAGGAUCUUCUAGUAGUUAUGGUAGUGGCGGAGAUGACUCGUAUAGUGGUCAUGGAUCUUCUGGUAUUUAUGAUUCUGGAUCAAGUGGACAUGGUGGUAGUAGCUAUGACGAUGGUUCGUCCGAUGAAUAUAUUUCCAGCGAUCAUGGAUCAGGAGGAUAUAGCGGAUCUUCUGGUGGUUAUGGUGGUUCAUCGGGAGGAUAUGGUGGAUCUUCUGGUGGUCAUGGAGGUUCAUCAGGAGGCUACAGUGGAUCUUCCGGUGGAUUUGGUGGUUCAUCGGGAGGAUACAGUGGAUCUUCAAGCGGUCAUGGUGGCUCAUCAGGAGGAUUCGGUAUAUCUUCUGGUGGAUAUGGUGGUUCAUCAGGAGGAUAUGGUGGAUCUUCCGGUGGUCAUGGAGGUUCGUCAGGAGGCUACAGUGGUUCCCUAGGAAGCUAUGGAAGUUCAUCUGGAGGUUAUGGCGGUUCUUCAAGUGGAAUUUUAUUCAGUGGCUAUUCUGCUAGCAAUCACAAAGGAUCAUCUGGUGGACACGGAGGAAGUUCAUCCGGUGGAUACGGAGGUAGUUCAUCCGGUGGAUACGGAGGUAGUUCAUCUGGUGGAUACGGAGGUAGUUCAUUCGGUGGACACGGAGGAAGUUCAUCCGGUGGAUACGGAGGUAGUUCAUCCGGUGGAUACGGAGGUAGUUCAUUCGGUGGACACGGAGGAAGUUCAUCCGGUGGAUACGGAGGUAGUUCAUCUGGUGGAUACGGAGGUAGUUCAUUCGGUGGACACGGAGGUAGUUCAUCUGGUGGAUAUGGAGGUAGUUCAUUAGGUGGAUACGGUGGAAGUUCAUCCGGUGGAUACGGAGGUAGUUCAUUUGGAGGUCAUGGAGGAAGUUCAUCUGGAGGAUAUGGUGGAAGUUCAUUCGGAGGACUUGGAGGAAGUUCAUCUGGAGGAUAUGGUGGAAGUUCAUUCGGAGGAUUCGGAGGAAGUUCAUCAGGAGGAUAUGGUGGUAGUUCAUUUGGAGGACACGGAGGAAGUUCUGGAGGAUAUGGAGGAAGUUCGGGAGGUUUUGGAGGCUACUCGGGUAGUGACCAUGGUUCCAGCUCUGGAGGCCAUGGUGGAGACACCUACUCAGCCCCAGGACAGGAUAGCUAUGGACCACCAGGGGAAAGUUUUCCUUAUACUAAAAAAUAAGCCACUGAAAUUUCAAAAUGAAUACUUUAUUUUUUAACAUGAAUUUAAUUUUAAUUUUGUUAUAUUGUUACAUACUUUAUUGCUAUUGAUUUGUAUCUAAUAUGGAAACAAUGUUAAAUGUUUCCGUUUACUAAGACUGACUUAUCUGUUUUUAAUAAUAAAUUUAAAAAUAAACACAUUUUAUUAGAA